CGCUCGCGCCGCUCCAUGGCCGCUGACGCAGCGUCCGGCGCGCGCCGCCGCCGCCGCGGCGCCCCCUGGCGGCCCGGAGGACCCGGCCGUCACGCGGCGGCGGGGCGUGGCUCCGCGCGAGCGGGGCGUGGUUUCACCCCGAGGGGAGGCGUGGCCUGGGGCGGCACCGCCUUAAAGCGCGGCGCCGCUUCCGCUUCCCGCUUCCGGGUGCCGCCGCCGCCGCCGCCGCCGCCGGUAACGGCUCCGGGCCGGCCCCGCCAUGUUCCUCCUCCUCCUCCCGCCGCCGCCGCCCCCAUGAGCCGCAAGAAAAGCGGCUUCGCCAUCACCAGCGUCCGCGGCGGCAGCGCGGCCGCGCCCGCCGAUGCCUCCGGUGCCGCCUCCGGUGCCGCCGCCGCCGCCCCCGCGCCCUCCGGCAGCCCCGGCGGCUCCCGCUUCCGCCUGGUGCGGCUGCUGCCGCCGGGCGAGGCGCUGCGGCGGGGCCGCUGGCUGUGCCGCGACUUCUACGAGCGGGAGGCGGCGGCGGGGCGCGGCGGGGGGAGGGUCCCGGUGUCGCUGGGGGCGCCCCGGGCCGGCCCCGCCCCCCCCCGCCCGCGCUCGCUCGGGGCCUUCGCGGAGCUCGUGCAGCAGGCCCUGCCCCCCAAGCCGCCCUCGCCACGCCCCGGGGGCGGGGCCGAGCUCAGCGCGCGGCUGGGAUUGGCUGGCGAGGAGAGCGAGGAGGAGGGCGCCGGCAGCGGCGUCAGCGCCAUCGACAACAAGAUCGAGAGGGCCAUGGACCUGGUGAAGUCGCACCUGCUGCUGGCGGUGCGGGAGGAGGUGGAGGCGCUGCGGGAGCAGAUCCGGGAGCUGACGCGAGCGCCGCGCGGCGCUGGAGAGGGAGAACCGCCUGCUGCGGGCGCUGGCCACGCCGCGGCAGCUGGCCCGCCUGCCCGCGCCGCCGCCGCCGCCGGGGCCGCCCUGAGCGGGGGGACCCCGCCGGGGGUCCCGGGGAGGGUCCCGGGGGUCUCGGGGGGCGGCGCUGCUGCUGACCGCCAGGAAAGGACGGAGCGCCGCCGCCCUUCCUGCGCGAUUUGGGGCCUUUUUUUAAUAAACCCGCGAUUUUUACAGCACGGGGGAGGAGCCGUGGUCAUUUUGGGGUGAAUUCCGGUGAUUUGG